AUGGCAUGGGCCAGUAACCGUUAUGCAGCUCUGUUCUCCGAAGAUGAGGACGAAGAAGGUGCUGGAAACGAUGAAGCAGGCAACCAGGAAGCCGUGGCAAGACAAAGCAAGAAGCGAAAGUUGAAGCGCAAACGCGCCAAGGACAAGGCGGUUGCAGCAGAACCUCAAGAUGAGGAAGCACCAACAGUGAGAAGCUCCCCCAAGCGGAAAAGGAAAGCCAGCAAAGCAACAGAAGACAAAGACAAGGAUUCAGACCCCCCACCUGCUCCUGAAGCUGUGCAAGAGAGCAACGAUGGGAGCAAGGAUCUGCAACAGGAAGGUCUGCUGCCUACAGGGACCACAAAAACUUUGCAAGGUGGUGUCACCAUAAAGGUGAUACGCGCAGCUCCGGAAGGAACAAGAAUAGCCACGAAGGGCUGCGAAGUGAGGCUCAUGUAUGAGGGGCGCCUACCAGAGAAGAACGGCCGACGGUUUGACGUUGGAGAAAUCGACUUUCUUCUUGGGGAUGGCACGAUGCUUCCUGGCUUUGCCAUCGGCGUGGCUGGUAUGGGUGUUGGAGAGAGGCGACUUAUUCGCGUACCGUGGCGGCUUGGCUAUGGAAAGAAGGGCAAAAGGCCCAAGAUUCCCCCAAAGUCUGAUCUUGACUUUGACGCUUCGCUGACUUUCUGCGGAAUUGAUUGGAAGCGGAGAGUGAGCCACAAACCUGCAGAGAUGUCGAACAAGCGACGUGAAGCUGCCAAACGGCGCGGCAAGAAGCCAAGACCCGUGUGA